UCAAAGGCCCUCCUGGGGACAUCUGGUACAGAGCUUCUUGGAGAUCUUCAAGGUCCAAGCCAUCUGAUCCACUUGAGUACAUGCGUGACAAAAUCCUGCCAGGGAUCACCCAGCCAUUUCUUUGGAACUUUACUAAUGAGUUGCUGGUUAACUACCCCUUUGGUACACGUCAACAGAGGAAGCUCUUUCCUCACCACCACCCCCCAAACUUGUUGGGGAACAAGUUUCUUCCUCUUCGAGGAGCGCCCCACAGAGGGCCAGGAUGUUACAUUGCAGAAGAUGUAUAUGGAUUGGCAUACAACCUCUCUAAGAUCCCGACCAGUAGAAAAGGAUAUACUUUUGGUGCCAGAACAGCUGAGAGGUUUAAGGAAAUCAACAAGGACAUGAUGCUUUACCCCGGCAUGUACCAGGCUGCAAAUCCUCAGGAGCAAAUACACAAACAAAAUUUUGCUCCAUUUAAUGCCUUGUUGCCUCGAUUUAGGACAUACUCAAAGGGCAGUUAUUAUCCUGGCCCUGGCACAUACAACCCGCAGGUGAAGCCACCCCCCAAAAUCACCUGGCCAAUGAAAUUUGGAUCUCCAGACUGGGCUCAGAUUCCAUGUCUACAGAAAAGAACCCUAAAAGCUGAGUUGUCCACCGACAAGGACUUCAGAAAGCACCGGAACCGUGUGGCCUACCUAAGCCUGUUUUACAAUUGAGGAGCUGUGACCACCUUCACGUGCUCCUCCUGACCAUAGAUCCAGGACUGAGGACAGAGCUGCUCUUCCCCCCAGCACUGCCCUGCUCUCUUGUCUGCCAGCAUGGGGCCCAGGGAGGGAAGGGGCUCAUCACCACUGUGUGAGAACAGAAAGGCUACAUCAGACUCUUCUGUGUCCAUGUGCUGGUUUGUCAUAUACAUGCAUAGAUGGGCCUGGGUUCCUGCCCAGUGUUCAAGGGGGUGGCUCCAUUUUACUGAAAUAGUCAUGGGUCUCUGUCCUCAUGCUCUAAUUCCCAGGUUCCAGUUUUAUGUAUUCUACCACUAGCCCUGGAAAGGGGGCUGCUGGCCUCUCCAUAUCAAGGAUUGGAUGACUACCUUGGGCUUAUUCAUGGGCUUGCUACACACGGAGGGUACUUACAGGCAGAGUAAAACAUUUAUAUUUUAGAAACUCUUCCAGAUUUCUGAGUUUCUGACAUGCAAUGGGCAGGUCAGGAAUUUGUCCUUUUCCCAGACUGAUAUUAAAGUCACUGGAUCAGAAAUUCCCCACUUCCCAUUCCUUCAUCCAUGCCAUUUGUAGGUCAUCAUAUUAAUUGAGUUCCUACCAUGUGUCAGGAAGAGUGGCAAGGACUGGGAAUAUCGCAGGAAUCAAAAUAACCUCAUCUCCUGGUCUGGAAGCUACAGAAGCAGUGCCCUGCUGUAGACGUAUCCGGAAUACCUGACUUCCUGGAACACACCCUCUAGGCCUUAGACAUGCUGUACUUUCUAGCACCUUCUAGCAACCCACAGAGAAACUCACUUUUACAUUCUGGUAUCUGAGCAUGUGAAAAGAGGCAGAGAGCACAGCAGCCUGAAAAAGCAGAGGCCUGGUGGAAGUAUAUAACAGGACAAGAGAGAAAUGGCAUGGAAAAAUCUAACCUGAGCCUUGGCCAGUUGAAGCUGGGGGCUGGAUCCCUGCUCCCUGAUCCUUGCUGGAGAGACAAAAGGUCUGGGGUCUGUGUGACUUACCAGCUCAAAGCAGCACCACCCCAUCUCAGCUGCAGUCCAGCACAAAGGCCUGGGGCUCUGGGCUCUCUACGUAAGGUCUGAGCCUAGAAGGGCCUCAUUAUCUCUGUGAAAGUGGAACAGCUGCGGAAGGCAGAGUACCAGAAAUCCAGCCUAAAGCCUGCUUCUGGGUCUACAUUUGUCCAUUCCUGAGCCCCACCUCCCACCAACCGCCCAGACUAUUUUCCUGUCAGAGCCUCUACCUGCUGUAGCCAAGUGCAGAGAACUCAUUACACAUCAAAUCUUCUCAACAAGGUAAUAUUCUUCUGCACAUGUCUUUGAUGGUGAAUGGCACAUGGAAGCAGGCCUUAAUCAAAACCUCUACCAUGAUGGUGCAAAGAGGAGAUUUUGAGAUUUCUGGUGACAUUUGCACAGUAAGAGCUGGGUCAAAGUGGAACUAAGAAAGGGGGAAGCCAAGAGUUCACUACUAUUGGUUGGCUCUAAAUUCUGGAUUUAGGUGUCAGAUACAAAGGGGUCUUCCAUUUCUAUUUAGCUCUUCCGGCCAUGAUGGUGAGCCUAGGAAAAUGGCCAGAGUCCUAGAGCAGAAACUCUACCAGGAACAAAGGAUAUGCCUCUAUCUGAAGUUGAGUCUUUAUGGAAGCUAGACCCUGGGGGACCCCAGGUGAGGACUAGGGAACAGCAGAGGAGCCCUGCCAGCAGAGCCCUCUUCCUCAAAUAUCUGAUCAUAGGUCUCUCCUCCACUGAAACCUACAUGGGUCCGUUUGACAGGAGAAUCAAGUCCAGACAUUUAGCAAGGCCCUGCCCCUCUGACCGUAACCCACCUUGGCUGCCUCGUUUCCUACUAUCCUCUCCAGUACCUUGUGUCCAGCCAGUCGGGAUUUCCUGAUGCUCUACAAUUACACAAGCUCUCUCCUGCCUCUGUGCUGUCCUUAUGCCAGUUUCUGCAUGAGAUCCCUUUCUAACUCUCUCUACCCAGUGAGUUCCUACACGUACUUGAAGGCGAAAUCUAACAUGGUUUCCUUUGUGAUACUUCCUCUUUCCUGCCACCCCCAGGCACCAUUCGCUGUAACAGUCUUUAUGUCACUUGUAUUAUCAUGAAUGUGGUUGUAUAGCAGGCAUUGCUAAGCACUUGUUAUCACAAGACAUGUAGAUCUGGGGACCGAAAGAGAAAAAUGAACAGUCUCUUUUCUCUUGAUCAUAAUCGAGUUGUGGAGGCAGACGUGCAAUGGGUACAAUACAGUGCAAUGUGUAGUGAACUGUCAGAGGUACAAAGUGCUAUGGGGGGAGGGAAGGAGGAGUAAUAACCUCUCAUGGGGGGGGGUAGGCGGAGGACACGCAGGAAGAUGUCAGGGAUCAGGGAAGAUUUUACUUACACAAAGAGAUUUCAAUAAAUACCUUAGGAAUAAAUUAAUGAUAUUCCAUCAGUGGUGAUGGCAUAAGCAGUAAAUGGAAAGAAAACUCUAGAAUGUGUUUUACAAGUAUAACCCAAAUAUGGACUGGGGUCCAUGUGGCCACUUUCUGCGUGAAUUCACAUUUAAAAAAAUGCAUUACAGCAGCUAAAAACAAUUAAAGAGGAAUUCCAAUUUUUGUAUCACUUACAGAACAUUAAAAAGCCUCUAAUUUGUAAGCAUAAGCAACAUUUCUCAAAAUCUUCAUCCCGUGUUCCCCUUCAUCAAUCCUAUGUUGCUGUGGAACAUCCCCCCCAAGAAACUUCAAAUUCCAAAGCUUUAUUUUCACCUCUCCCAUCCAGAGUUUCUAUCCCUUCUCUCUUCCCUGUUACCUUCCAGCUUUUUAAAAAUCUCAUUUACUCCUCAUUCCUUUCACCUUUUUUGACCCACUAGCAUCUCUCUUCCUCUCUUCAUCUCUCUCUCUUUUUCUGUCCCAGUCCUUCAGUCUCUGUCACAUAACAUACAAGAAUCAGACAGACAAGAUCUUUAUUAGUGUGGUGGGGACAGAGUGGCAUAUUGGAAGGUAGGGAACACUCCCAUAUUAAUAAAUCUUGUCCCUAUCCUACCAUGAUAGACAAGGUGGAACAGACCAUAAACUGUGGACAGCUUCUGUUGGGUGCUAUUUUCUAGAAUCCAGGAGCAGACAGAAUUGCUAGCUCUGGCUUUACCAAUACCAUAUGUUGUUCCAGUGUCUGCGGUUUGUCCCUGCUGAUGAAUUUCAGGAUACUCAUGAUAACUUGGAUUUGUUGUAUUUCAGUGCUGAGAACUUUGUAGCGAUUAUAUCUCCAUCUCAAGAUCUUUGCUCUAUAUAGUUGAGGCCAUGAAUAGAGGUGAUACUGAGGCAGAAACAGUGGCUGAUGGGGCAGGGAUGAGGAUGCAGGUGAAUUGGGGCUGAGCUGAGCUUCCUUCCCUUUGACAAACGAAGGCUAUAUCUCCCAUAAGAGAGACGCAACAGAAAGAAAAAGGAAUUGUCAGAGUGUAGACAUUAGCCAAUUCCAUAAGAUCAACUCCAUUGUGUGUUGGUGAAGGGGAAUGAUGCAAUGAUGUAGAAAAAUGUACACCUCCAUCUACCACUACCACCCACAAACAUCUAGAUUGAGAAUUCUUUGCAUCUUUCUUUCCAGGUAAAUCCUUCUAAUUACAUUUCUUGAAAGAACUUUGGGUCCCAGAGCAAUACAAGUUUUGACCUCCCUAAAGGCAAAAUUACUGCCUUAGAAGAACCCACUGCAGAUGAUUGUUCAUAACCUACUGUGGAAUGCAAGUUCAGCUACUGGGCUUAUUUCAGACAGGAAACAUGCUCAAGAGCAAUACACUGUACUUGAUAGAAAAUUGCUAGUGAGUCAAUGCCAUGUCUCAUUUGUAAUCGCAUGCCUCUGUGGCUUGCACAUAGCAGACUUUAUCAUAUAGCAACACAAU